GUGUGUGUGAGUGUGUGUGUGUGUGUGUGUGUGAGAGAGAGAGAGAGAGAGAGAGGGAGAGAAACUGACAGACGGAGAGAGAGCAAGAUUUAUCAUUUGCAAAAUGGGAAACUGUGCAGUUGUUUUUGACUUUUGGUUUGGCAAGGUUUUUCGCUUGCACAUCAUUACAGAAAUGACAGAAUAGAUGACAUGGCAUCCUUUUAUUCACAGUAGCAAUAUACUUAGUUAACGUGCACAAUAAUUUCUUCACUAUGGUUUCUUUAUUUCUUCUGAUUAUCUUCAUCGAGUACAAAACUGCUGAAGGCUUGGUUAACCCUGCUCCUAUAGUAUUCGGGGAUAUAGGGCAAAAUGUGACCAUCCACAGCCGUAUCAAAGAAAUAUCGAACUAUUACACGCGCAUUAGCUGGUACCGUCUGAGACCGAGUGGAAAGGUAGAGCACCUCGCUUACUUCAGCUCAUACACCACGAAGAGGGGCCGUUACAGCGGAGAGCUUCCCAAAGGCUCUGAUACUGCGUAUCUAAACUUCUCGAGCGCCACAAUCGCCGACUCCGGACGCUACUUCUCCGUGGCGGGCACUGCUCUAAACUUAACACCUGGCUCCUACUCAGUUUUAGCCAUAACAGAUUCCAAGAGCCUCCCUGUAAUGCGCGUGUUCCUCAAUCGCACAGGGGCCGUUGUUUGUGAAUUGAAAGGCGGGGAUCCAACCUGGAGUGAUCCACAGUGGGAAAUAGAUGAUGCCAAAGACGGGCUGACGUUGCAGGCUGAAACUUUUAUAGACGCGCAGGACGCAUUCAUACGGUCCUCCAUCCUCUCUUUGAAAGACGGGAUCCGUGCUUUGAACUGUGUAUGUAGGCACAUCACUGGAGUCAUUAUUCGAACUCGGGUCAUGCAAGAUAAUGCUUUUUCAGUGCAAGGAUCAAUGCCAGCUUCAGGCAAGGAUCAGUGCCAGCUGCUGCUGUACCUGUCUCCCCUGGUUGUGGUGCUGCUGCUGGUGACUGUGACAGCCAGUGGGCUGUGGGCCUGGAGACGGAGGAAGUAGAGCCCUAUAGCACAGGGAAUGGACAGCACAUACGGGAUCUGAUCUGGAUUUGUACCUCAGGAGUUGUAGGUUUCAUUCUCUACCACUGUACUUUGGCACAAUGUGCCUGCACUGUUUCAGUACACAUCCAGCUGUAAAAAUGGAUUGAGUGUUCAAAGAAAGUAAUUUGUAAAGAGCAUCUGUUGAAUGUCUAAAAUCCAAUAGGACUUGAAGGAGCAUUUCUUUAUUUUCUUUACUUUGUAGAUGUCACAGCGGUAUUUGCAGAUUAAAAACAUUUUUGGCCCAUUUGUGGCUCUCUACACUUUUGCUUGCUUAGAGGAUGAUGCUGCGCAGUUUCGUUACUUUGAGUGAUUUGAUUUGAGUAGUUUUAUCAUGCCUUAAUUUAAGUUAAAGGUUUAUGUUGUACAAUUGUAUUGGAAGUUGUGUGUUUUGACAAACUUAUUGCAAUCAAAUGAAAUAAAAAAAAUCUUGACAAGAGCAAAUGACAAUGUUUAAU